CCUCGGACUAAAAACUUAUAAUGCCGCGGCUCGCAGGACUGAAGAGGAAAAUAGGGAAUAAUCUAUCCAACUCCACUGGGCAUAAGAAGCAACGCCAUGUGGCCCCAAGCAAGCGAGUGGCCAGCAAGGCGAACGACCGAACGGUGCCUUUAGGUGGUGGGGACAUUGCUGAGAGCAAUACGGACGAUAGCGGAAACGAGGAGUUGGAGGGUUCUCAUAAAGUCAACGAUAGCGGGCUGGACCUCCAGGGUGAAGCAGCACCCUCACAUGCUGCCACGAACGAACCAGCGCAUACAUCCACGUAUAAAGUGCCCACUACCGCCGAACUCACGCAACUCAAGGAAGCAACGCAACUCUAUAAGUCUGCGUCGUUCAAAUUGAAGAUUGAGGCAUUUCUCCCCAUGGUAUCUCCUAAGAAGAACACAACAGAUUAUGUUAACUCUGUGCUACGAAGGAUUCAUGCUCAUCUUACUAGCUUGCCCGCAAUUGAGCCCCGUCAGCCGGUGGAGGCUGCCCAAGAGCUGGCUGGAUCGACCUCAAGCAAGUCCAGUGUCGCAGGAAAAAUCAGGGUCCUUUACUCCGACCCGGGACCUACGAGAGAGACCAAGUGGAAGGUAGCAUUCCAUAAACCAGAAAAGGUGACCGUUGUUGGCAGCUGGGCCAAUGGUCUUUCCAUGGUCAAGAGAUACCCACACAACAAAAAGAAAUUUAUUACUGUUGAUCUGGCCGUCGAGAUGCCCAAAGAUCUGAUUCGCGAAAAAGAUUAUUUAGAUAAUAAAAUUUUUCACAAGAAAGCUUACUACCUUGCUGUGCUUGCGUCCUCAUUUUUAUCUCCGGGGUGCCCUCUCGGUAAUGGGCUUUCCAUUCACUAUUCUUGCCCAGAGAAUAAUCUUCGUCGAACAAGCCUGGUCGUUUGCUUUCGCCCCGAUAACGCUGAACCCACGCAAAACCCUCCCCCGGAAGUUUUAGUUCGCAUCCUGGUUACGUUGGCUGCUGAUCAUCCUUUCCCCAUAAAGCGGAUGGUUCCGUCGAUAUGCAAUAUACGGCCACGAGUUUUGCAAUUAGGCAUAGACGCCAGCCCACCAUCCCCAGAAACGAACCAGUCCCCAACGCCAAGCUAUAACAAUGAUAUAAUGCUUAUGACUACACCUGUCCCUUUCCUUCUGUCAUCCUACGCUGCAUCAAAGGAAGUCCCUUCAUUCAGGGAUUGUGCAAAGCUGCUUGGAAUUUGGGCCUCAAGAAGGGGGUAUGGAGGCGCGAGCCAAUCGUAUGCAGAAACCGACGCUGCCUUCUUCAUAUCGGGCUUUGAGGAUGCUUGUGUGACGGGAGGAGGCAGUUGGUGGUCCACUUUGCUUAUACUUCUCAUAUGGGGCAAGGUCGAUUCGCAGGCCGAGAAGAGUAAGAAAGGGGGGACACUAGGUACAAUUGGGCGAGGCCUCAGUUCUUAUCAGAUGUUUCGGGCUGUGAUGGAUUUUCUUGCAAACUACAGCUUCAUUGAUAACGAUCCUAUCGUCUCCAGAGGGAAUUUGAAUGAUGCCAGCAUCGACUCAACAACCUAUCUCGCAGGUGCAAGAUCGCCUUGCGUGCUUGGUCCUUCCACAUUGUUUAACUUCUUAGAAAAUGUGCCAUCUGGUUCCCUCAAGAUGCUUCAACAUGAUGCUCGGUUAACGCUUCAAACUCUGGACGCACCAAUUGGGCAUUCUGACACAGAAAGUGUAACAUUUAAAGACACUUUUGAUGCUACCUUCGUAACUCGCUUGAACGAAAAUGUCGCCACGAGAUUCGACUUUGCGGUCAGCAUCGAUCUGCGCAGGUCUACGCUGCCCCCACCAAGUCAUCCUGAUUGCCCAAGCCGGAGAUCACUGCUAUUGAACCGUUUGAACGACGUUGCUAUGCGUGCCCUAGGCUCGCGGGCCCAAAUUUGCGUCGUCUGCGUCCCAGCGGCUCCAGCCUCGGCGUGCUUCUCUGUUGAAACUGAGCAACAGUUGCAUAAAAGGGACACACCGGUUGUAACUCUUGGGGUUAUUUUGUCCUCCGAGUCCUUGGGACUAGUCGACCAUGGCCCCCUGGCUUCGGAUGUUGCUGCAUGUGCUGAAUUUCGCGAGUUUUGGGGAGAGAAGAGUGAAAUGCGGCGCUUCAACGAUGGACGCAUCGUUGAAAGCGUCGUUUGGAGUUUGGACGGCGAUUGCGGUCGAGGAUUAGCUGUGAGUGAUGAAAGAGCGAGAAUCCUGGAGAGAAUUAUCCAGUAUGCGCUGGAGCGUCACCUUGGUAUCACACCUGACCGUGUUACCGUACUUGGGAAUGAUGCUGUGCCAACUGACAGCGUCCUCGCGUUCCCCUCUCACCGACUUGCGCCAUACUACCAGCUUCCAUUCCCGAUCCCUCCAACCUCAACAACAUUCAGUAUGUCUCAGCGGUUGCUCCAUGCUUGCUAUGAUCGCCUCCUCAAAAGAUUAAAGACUUUGAAAUCCGUCCCUCUAUCACUAGACUCAGGACAACCGAUCAGUGAGUAUCUGCGCUACACGUCGCCAUUUCCCCCGAUCCCGAUCAAUGUUCAACGCUGGGAUUCGGUGCCCGCUGUGGCCAAAUUCGUCCCAGUGGUUGAUGUUGUUCUACGAUUCGAACGGUCUUCACGCUGGCCGGGUGAUCUGGAGGCAAUACAGAAAGUAAAGAUGGCUUUGCUGGAAGCCAUCGGGCAUGAGUUGUCAAGUGCCUCAGGGGAAGAAGGGAUAUUACUGACGUCAAUUUCCCUCGCUCCCAAUGCCCUUCCCAUUGAGGACAAUGUAGCUCUGGAUGUACUGACGCAGUCUGGUUUCGCAUUCCGCUUUCAUGCUCAGAGUUCUCUCGAAGAGAGUUUGCUUCACCAGAAAGUGCAAAACACCCCGGAUGAUAAAAAGCACGCCAUGCGGGAUGUUUUGGAGAAUCACUUGCUCCGCUUUGUGCGAAAGUCGCAGCACCACAAUGCCAUUCAUUCACUUCAGCAUCGAUACCUUACUUUUGGCCAUACUGCGCGAUUGCUUAAACGAUGGUUUGCAGCUCAUUGGCUCCUGCCCCAUUUCAGCGUGGAACUCAUAGAGCUUAUUUGCGCGUUCAUAUAUAUUAACAACGGUGCGGAAUUUGGACUUCACACACCGCACUCCGGUGUUUGUGCUUUCGCUCGAGCUCUUGAGUUCCUGGCGGAGUGGGAUUGGGAGGCCGUACCGCUAAUGGUCCCUUUACAUGGCGCAGCAGCAAGUAGUGAUUUUUCCGAAGGGACGCGUUUUCUGUCGCCUGAAACCACCAAAUCAAUGCAAGACGAGUUUUUCCGAUAUCGUUCUACCAAUCCCGACCUGUCAAAAGCUGCAUGGUGCAUACCAACAGAAGAAGAUCUCUCUGGACAUGUAUGGACCCGAGGUAUCAAUGCCAUGCUUGCAUCUCGAGUCCAGGUAAUUGCCACUGCCGCCGUCAAAUUAAUGAAAGAGUCUCUUGCUCUGGGUCAACUACUGCUGAAGCCUCUUUUUCUUCACCCAAUAUCCGAUUAUGAUUUCCUCAUACACAUCGACCCACUUAUGGUCCCACGAAAUGCACAACAUAUCAACUUAGAUUGGGGCCUCAUGCCACAUAAGAGAUCUGAUCAAGGCAUUCAUAGGGGCGUAUUGUUAAAUUUUGACCCUUUGCGUUCUUUCUGCGACGACAUCCAGCACAUAUAUGGGGAUAGUGUGGCAUUAUUCUAUGAUCCCUAUGGUGGUGUCAAGAUAGGAGGUGUUUGGAAUCCUUCGCUUCGAGAGCCCAAACCCCAUCAAGUACUUCUUGGAUUCUCUCCUGAACCAACCAAAUCCAACAGUAGUGGCCCGAAGCAGGGGAAAUUGACGGUCGUGCUCAAUGUUGAGGCUAUUUUAGCGGAGGUCCAAAGGUUAGGAGGGGAUUUGGUCGAGCGAAUUGAGGUGUUAAAGCCAUAGCGCAAAUAUCGCUGAAUCUUUCAGCGACGAAUGCUCUAUAUUUCCCGUAAUUCCGCGGCCGUGUCAGAACUUCGUAUCGGAGUCUACAUUAGUAGAGGCUUGGGAUCCUGCCUAGUAUCGGAGUCGGCGUCAAGCAGGAGUUACAUUAAUACUGCACUACAAUGCUGGGUUAUGGAUGGAUGGAUGAAUUCAUUUUAGAGUAUGUAUCUGUGCC